GCCGCCGUACUCAACGCCCCCGACUCAAAUACAUCAAGAUGACGAAACGCACACGCAAGGUCGGCGUUACCGGAAAGUACGGUACUCGUUACGGUGCCUCCCUGCGUAAGCAGGUCAAAAAGAUGGAGAUCACCCAGCACGCCCGCUACACCUGCACGUUCUGCGGCAAGGACUCCGUAAAGCGCCAGGCCGUCGGCAUCUGGAAGUGCAACUCGUGCAAGAAGGUCAUCGCUGGUGGCGCGUGGACUGUCUCGACAACGGCGGCUGCGACCGUUCGCAGCACCGUUCGUCGGCUCCGGGAGAUCACGGAGGCGUAAUCUUGUCGGGUCGCGUUUCAUGCUCUGUUUUCCUUUGCCCUCCACGCAUAUAUAUGUCCCACGCUAUGAGCACCACCAAUAUAGCCAGCCUCAUGCCGCCAGUGUAUUCUACCAUGACGAUGUCUUCGACCGACGUGGACCGGAACUCUAAGCU